AUGGAAGACCAAGCCCAUAAGCCCCAUCGCAAGUCGAAGGAAAAGAAGAAGCACUCCGGUCCCAAUCCCAAGGCCUUUGCUUUUUCGAAUCCAGGCAAGCUUCAAAGAAGUGCCGCCCGGUCCCACGAUAUCAAAGAAAAGCGCCUCCACGUCCCCCUCGUCGACCGUCUUCCCGAUGAACCACCACCGCGCCUCGUCACCAUUGUCGGCCCGUCCGGCGUGGGCAAGACGACUCUCAUGCGCUCCUUGAUCCGCCGCUAUGCGAAAGAAACCAUCACCGACCCGCAAGGCCCCGUGACCGUCGUCACAUCCAAGAAGCAGCGCCUGACCUUCCUUGAGUGCCCCAACGAGCUUGAGGCCAUGGUCGACGUGGCCAAGGUCGCCGACAUUGUCCUGCUGAUGAUCGACGGCAACUACGGCUUCGAGAUGGAGACACUGGAGUUCCUCAAUGUGCUGGCCGCCACCGGUAUGCCCGGCAACGUCUUUGGCGUUCUCACCCAUCUCGACCUGUUCCGCAAGCCGCAGGCUCUCAAGGACGCCAAGAAGCGCUUGAAACACCGCUUGUGGAACGAGCUGUACCAGGGCGCGCAUCUCUUUUACCUGUCGGGUGUCAUCAACGGCCGCUACCCGGACCGCGAAGUCCACAACCUGUCGCGCUUCCUGUCUGUCAUGAAGAACCCGCGGCCGCUCAUCUGGCGCAAUUCCCACCCCUACGCCGUCAUCGACAGCUUCCGCGACGUCACCCACCCCACCAAGAUCGAGGAGGACGAGCUGUGCGACCGCUCCAUCGCCCUUACCGGCUAUUUGCGCGGCACCAACUUUGCCGCCCAGGGCCAGCGGGUACACAUUCCCGGUCUGGGGGACUUUACCGUGGCCAAGAUGGAGGCCCUGCCCGACCCGUGCCCAACGCCGGCCAUGGAGCAGGCCGCGGCCAAAGCGACCGGCAAGACGGGCCGGCGGCGUCUCGACGAGAAGGACCGUAAGCUGUACGCGCCCAUGUCGGACCGCAGCGGCCUCAAGAUUGAUGGCGAUGCUGUGUACAUCUACCGCGAGAACGGGUUCACGUUCGACAAGGACGCUGUCGGCGUGGAGCGGAACGAGGGCGAGGAGAUGAUUAUCGGUCUGCAGGGCGAGCGCAAGCUGCUGGGUGAGACGGAGGAGGGUGUGCAGCUGUUCUCCAAGGGUCGUCGGAUUGUCGCCGAGGAACUCAACUCGGGCCGGAAACAGCAGCGAAAUGCGCGUGUGCCUGGCGCGGUCGAGGGCGAGGGCGAAGACGAAGAGUACGGCGAUGACGGCUCGUCUGACGGGGAGGGUGCUUUUGCCAACGGCAAAUACGGCGAGGAGGACGAAGACGAAGACGACGACGAAUUCGAUGAGAGCGAGUUCGACGAGACGAAGCUCGGCAAGAUGUUCCGUAACAAAGGCGACCGCAAUGGCGACAACGACGAAAACGGCGAGACGCUCGAGUUUGCGGACAGUGACUCGGACCUGGGCUCACUGGACGGCGACGAGGGCAACGGCUUUGACGACGACGAAGACGCAGCAAUACGGUGGAAGGACAAUAUGCUGGAGCGAGCACGGAAUCUGCACAAGCGGAAACGGCCGUUCCAGGUAAAGGACCUGGCACGGAUGCUGUACGACACCUCCAUCUCGCUCAGUACGGUCGCCAAGCGCUGGCGGGGCGAAGAGGAGGACGAGGAGGAAGCCGAGGACAAUAUUGAGGAGGAGGACGAUUUCUUCAAGAAGACGGAGGAUGCCAACAAGGCCGAAGACGAAGCCGAAGACCGCUCACUCCCCGCGGCCGACAAUGACGAGCUCAAGUCCCGUUGGACGCCGGAUGCCAUUGACGCACUGCGGUCGCGAUUCACGUCCGUCAAGUCCAAGAAGAGCGGUGGGGGCGACGAUGACGAGAGUGGGUUUGACGACGAAGAGGGCGACGAGGAUGAGGACGAGGAUGAGAGCGCAUUCGGCAGCGACGCUGAGGGCGGCUCGGACAGCGAGGGCGACGGCGACUUUGAGGAUCUCGAGACGGGCGAGAAACACGGCCCCCGGAAAGACAAGGACGGCACGGCAGAGGCACCGGAGGACUUUGAGGAGGAGCGCGACAAGAACGCACGGCGCAAGCAAGAACUGCGGCUGCGGUUCGAGGAGGAAGACCGUGAAGGAUUGAACAAUGCCAAGGCGCAGGCACGGAAAGAGGCCGGCACAACGGCAGACGAGUUUGGCGAAGACGACUGGUACGAUGCGCAAAAGUCGCUUAUCCAGAAGCAGCUCGACAUCAACAAGGCCGAGUACGACGAGCUGGACGAGCGGCAGCGCGUGGCCGUCGAAGGCUUCCGUGCGGGCCAGUACGGCCGCAUGGUGCUCGAGGGCGUGCCGGCCGAGUUUGUGCGCAUGUUCCAGGCGCGCAUGCCACUGAUCAUGGGCGGCCUGACCGCGACAGAAGACCGCUUCGGCUUCCUGCAGGUGCGCAUCAAGCGCCACCGCUGGCACAAGCGCAUCCUCAAGACCAACGACCCGCUCAUCUUCUCGCUGGGCUGGCGGCGGUUCCAGACGAUGCCCAUCUACAGCAUCUCGGACUCGCGCACGCGCAACCGCAUGCUCAAGUACACACCCGAGCACAUGCACUGCUUCGCGCAGUUCUACGGCCCGUUUGUGGCGCCCAACACGGGCUUUGUGUGCUUCAAGAACUUCUCGGCGGCGGCGCCCAUCAACCAGCAGGGGCUGCGCAUCGCCGCGACGGGCAGCGUGCUGAGCGUGGACGAGUCGACGGAGAUUGUCAAGAAGCUCAAGCUGACGGGCGUGCCGUACAAGAUCUUCAAGAACACGGCCUUCAUCAAGGACAUGUUCAACUCGGCGCUCGAGAUUGCCAAGUUUGAGGGCGCGGCCAUCAAGACGGUGUCGGGCAUCCGCGGCCAGAUCAAGCACGCGCUCAAGCAGGAGGGCGCGUUCCGCGCGACGUUUGAAGACAAGAUUCUGCUCAGCGACAUUGUCUUCUUGCGCGCGUGGUUCCCAAUCAAGCCGCACCGCUUCUACAACCCGGCCAACAACUUUAUCGGGUGGCAACCGAUGCGCCUGACGGGCGAGAUCCGGCGCGACGCGGACAUUGCCACGCCGCAGCAGCGCAACAGCCAGUACCGCGAGGUCGUGCGCCAGGAGCGGCACUUCAACACGCUCAAGGUGCCGCGCCAGCUGGCGGCGUCGCUGCCCUUCAAGUCGCAGAUUGUGCAGACCAAGAAGCAGAAGAAGACGACGUACAUGCAAAAGCGCGCGGUGGUGGUCGGCGGCGAGGAACGCAAGGUGCGCAACCUGCUGCAGAACCUCACGACGAUCCGGCGCGAUGUCACGCAGAAGCGGGCGGCCAAGAAAGAGGAGAAGCGCGCCGAGCAUCGCCAGAAGGUGGCGGAUGCAGAGGCGAAGCGCGCGGAGCGUGAGAAGCGCGAAACGAAAGAGUUCUGGAGCCGCGAGGGCAAGAAGCGGCACAUGCAGACGGAGGGCGGCGGUGGCGGCAAGCGUCGGCGUGGUUAA